AUGUCUCCCGAUACGAACGGGCUGCCUGCGUUCACCAUCCCAACCGUCGACCUGACAGCCUACCUCAACGACCCCGAAUCCCCCGAGGCCGAGAAUACCGUGGCACAAAUUCGCACGGCUUGCGCAACAAGUGGCUUCUUCCAGAUCACGGGACACGGCGUCUCGGAAGCACUCCAGAAGCGGGUGUUUGCUGCCGCCAAGGCGCUGUUUGAUCUGCCUGAUGACGAGAAGCACAAGCUCAGUGGGAAACCCGGCCGCGGAUUCGAGAUCAUUGGCGCCCAGACCUUGGAAGAUGGCAUGAAGCCCGAUUUGAAAGAGGGAUAUUAUGUUGGUCGCGAGAUUCCGGGCAAUAAGCCGCCAUUCAGACCGUUCCAAGAAGCGAAUAUCUGGCCUCCUCGGAUCCCGGAGUCAGUGUUCAAACAACCCUUGCUGGAAUACCAUCAGGCUGUGUCUGACCUGUCCUUUGUGCUUAUGCGAAUCUUGGCUCGAGGUCUGAGUAACUUCGACACUGCAGUGUUUGAAGACUUUUGUCGGGAUCCCAUCGCUGCAGUCCGGCUUCUUCACUAUCCUCCGCACCCAAUAUCUGAUGACGCGGACUUAGUUGGCGCCGGUGCACACACAGACUUUGGAGCCAUCACCCUCUUGCUCCAGGAUGGACAUUCCGGUCUCCAGGUCCUGAACGAGCUUACCGGGGAAUGGAUCGACGUGCCGCCUCAAGAACACGCCUACGUAGUCAAUGUCGGAGACAUGCUACAGGCCUGGACCAGUGGCGCGUACAAAAGCAACAUACACCGAGUCAUCAACACUUCUGGCACGAACAGGUAUUCGAUUCCUUUCUUUCUGGAUGGCAACGCAGACUGUGUCAUCAAACCCCUGGACGGCUCCGAGGGCAAGGCGUUCACGGUCGAAGAGCAUAUGCUAUCUAGAUACGCGGCCACCUACAAGUCGUAG